AUGUCUCCAUUUAGUAUAUAUUCAAUUUUAGUUGACAAAACUAAAGAUUCUUCUAAAAAAGAGCAGUUAAGUUUUCUUAUACGAUUUGUAGAUAUAAACUUCAAUAUAUUUGAGAAAGCACUAGGUUGCAGUCACAUGAAAAAAUCUGAUGCUACUUCUCUAGCUCAAGAAAUAGUAAAACCUAUUCAGGAGAAUAAUUUGGACAUCAAUAAAUGCAUUGCUCAAUGUUAUGAUGGUGCUUCAGUGAUGAGUGGUGUUUAUUCGGGGGUGCAACAAAAAAUCAGCGAAAUUGUUCCUCAUGCAGUGUACAUUCAUUGUUAUGCCCACCGAUUAAAUCUUUGUUUGGUUGACUGUAUACAAACUGUGCCCUUAAUAGUUGAUUUUUUUGAUACUAUUCAAAAUCUCUAUAAAUACUUGAUGAAUAGUCAAACUCGUUAUGAACUUUUCAUAGAAGCUCAAAAAAAUAAAAAUGUUUAA